UGUGCGUGCAUUUUUUUUGAACGUGUGUCCUUGCUGGAAGCGACCCCGUUUGUCGGGUUGAUAAGAAACUCGCUGUUCUCUUUAGGGAUUCCCAUGAAAAUGAGCCACACGCAGCGACGUUAACGACCGCCGUAUAGCAUCAGCGGCCGGAGAAGCUGCUUUGUGUGCGCUCAUUCGCACGCGCUCUCUCCCUCAUUCAUUUAACACGCACACACCCCUCCGGUCGCCGCGCGCGCUCCCCGUCACAUCUGUGUGAGAGGUUAGAAAGCUAGCUAACGCGGCUUCAUCUCUGUUAUAGAGUGAAGCACGGCGUUUUCUCGCGUUGUUAUGUGUAGACGUGGUCGUCUCUGAAUAACGGAUUAUCUACAUUUCCCCUCGGCUGACCGGGAGCCGCCAUGGAAUGCCGUGUUCUGUCCAUACAGAGCCAUGUAGUCCGGGGAUACGUGGGCAACAAGAGCGCCUCUUUCCCAUUACAGGUUUUAGGCUUUGAGGUGGACUCAAUCAACUCUGUGCAGUUCUCCAACCACACAGGUUAUUCCCACUGGAAAGGCCAGGUGUUGACGGCAGACGAGCUGCACGUCCUUUACGAGGGAAUCAAACUGAACAACGUACACAAAUAUGACUAUGUUUUAACAGGGUAUACCAGAGACACAUCCUUCUUAGAGAUGGUGGUGGACAUUGUUCAGGAGCUAAAGAGAGCCAAUCCUAACCUGGUUUAUGUGUGUGACCCUGUCCUUGGGGAUCACGGAUCCAUGUACGUUCCUCAGAAUCUUUAUCCGGUCUACAAGAAUAAGGUGGUUCCUGUUGCAGACAUUAUUACUCCUAACCAGUUUGAGGCUGAAUUAUUAACGGGGAAAAACAUCAGCUCGCAGAAAGAUGCUGUGGAGGUGAUGGACCUUCUACACGCCAUGGGCCCAGACACAGUUGUUAUCACUUCCUCUGAUCUUCCCCCUAGACUGGGAGACCGCUUCCUGGUGUCCCUGGGUAGCCAGCGUCAUGUUCGUCCAGACGGAAGCAGGACAACCCAGAGAGUUCGAAUAGAAGUUCCCAAAGUGGACGCUGUGUUCGUAGGAACUGGAGAUCUGUUUGCAGCUAUGCUGCUCGCAUGGACACACCAUUACCCCAAUGACCUAAAGACGGCCUGUGAAAAGACUUUUUCAGUGAUGCAUCAUGUUAUCCAGAGGACCAUAUCUCAUGCUCAUGAGUUGGCAGGUCCCGGUCGGAGGCCCAGUCCGCCCCAGCUGGAACUGAGGAUGAUUCAAAGUAAAGCUGACAUAGAAGAUCCUGCUAUAGUAACGGAGGCCACCGUCAUAUCCUAACAUUAACAUCCCAUAAGACUCACACUAACCCGCCGCCCUCUUCACCCAUCAACUCCUAAAAUACUGUAAAAUUCUCAGUAAAAAUAAUGCCGUUUAGCUUCAACAUGUCAUCAUCCAGACCUCUCAAACUCUUUAGUAUCGUAACACCUCCCUCCUGUUAUCCUGAAACCUUGACCCCUUUAAGUCCUCAGUGUCGUAACUGCUUAAACCCGACCUGUAACUACCAAGUUGUUUUACCCCGACCCUGUUCUGGGAGGCGAACCACGGAUAGACGGAAGCUUUGAUCUGACUGGACUUGAACGGUUUAUUCUGACGGCGAUACACUUAUAAGUCUAAUUUUCAGUGCUGCUCUUAUGUGGAAGUUAAUUACAAAAGCACAGCUAAUACACAGCGCCUUGCAAAAGUAUCUGCAGCUCCUAUGUUUUCAUAUUUUAGGUGCGUUUCCAUCAUUGGUCCCUUUUUCUCCAGAGCUCAACUGCAUGAAACCUUUAAUCUCACUAGGCACGGGGGGGUAUGAAACCCGGGUUGUGUCUGUAAGUUAGGCUCCCUGAUACAGAACGAGAUUUAACCGCGCCGAUCUGGUUGGAAGUAUCCCCACCUAAACACACAGCAGCUGCAUGUCUGCUCCAUUCAAACUUCAACUAGGUGAUAGAUGCAAAGUCCUACAAAGCUCUGCCUUUGGUUCAGGGUCCAUCCAAAAAGUCCCAGGUCCCUAGCAGGCUUGUUUAUGGGCUAGACUUCUGUCCACUUUGGUCAGAGUCUGGGGGUCUCACAGCGUUCCUGAAAAAGCCUGCUGCAGUGGAAACACACCUUACACUUCACGUUGCAUUCACAAGCUUCAGUGUAAAUGACAACUUUACAACGAUAAUUCCUGUGUUAAUCACAUCCAGAUUAGUACACAUUUUUCUACAAAUGUGUCUAAAUAUUCAUUGGAGAAGUUUCAAGCACCCUAAGGUGUAUGGCGCAACUGCAAACCUACCAAGACAAGACAAGGCCGUCCACGUAAACUCACUGGCCACACCUAGCCUGGUCAGCCAGACUGACUUCCGCCGUGUAUACUGUGUAUCAGUCUGGUAAGGAGCUGGUAGAGCCUGGUUUCAAAGGCAGGACUAACAGGGUCAGCAUCAACAGGUUACAACCAAAGAUGGAUGGAAACCUUGCCAAAACGGGCGAAAAGCAAAUUGACAUUUUUCACAUUUCUGUUUGUAAAACUGCGGAAAGCUGCACAUCAUUUUUCUUUCUAGCUCACAGUUACUCACUUUGUGUCUGUCUGUCAGAUAGAAUCCCAAUAAAGCACAUUGGAGUUUAUGGUAACAAAAAAUGAAAACCGUCAAGGGGGGGUGCAUACCUUUGCAAGGCGCUGAUAGGAUGCUACACAACAGCGAUCAUUGUCCGUAAACCAAUAGCCAACAGAUGUACACUGCAGGAAAUGUCACACAUCUGACACUGGAUGUAGUGUUCAAUGGCGAGCAAUAUGUGGGGCGUUUAAAGUGAAAACCCAAACACUCCAGAACUCCUCUGCUGAUCUGUGACAGUGUAGCACUCAGUGGUUCUCCUCGGACCACCCUGAUCAAACACUGUGUAUCCGUGGCUCUGUCCUCCUCUUAUUUGACCCCCCCCCAGUCUUACAGCAGUGACGUAAUGUUGACCAAGUCUUAACCCCCGAGACCCCGCCCCCCCCAGAAACAUAAAGAAAAAAAGAAGACGCACAAUGUAUAGUCGAUGUAUAGAUGUUGUACUAUAAUUGUAUUGGACCAUCUGUAUGAUACCGGAUCUGUCCGCUGGACCAUUGUGUUAAUGCUAUUGUACUAUAGACCAGAUGCACAACAAUAUCACUGAGCAGAGACAUCUGGGCUGGUUGUGGCACAGCUGGACACGUCAAGUCAUUGUAACUUUUUAGUAACUGUCUGAUAGUCAUAGUGUAAAGUUGAGCUUAUUUCAUAUAAAGAAAACAUGGGCAGGGACAGCUGUUCCAACCCGAUCCGGCCUCCACGGUGCCAUAACCACCCCACAUCAAGUCGGCCAGUUUAUCGGCCCGGUUCUGACCCAGAACCUUAUAUACCAGGGUUGUGCCUGUAGAUUUACUGACAUCCGCCGAAGGUUUGAGUAGUGCACCUCCUGCCCCACCGCUGCCACACACACAAGGAGGAUUCUGCUUGGACAGAUUUUCUUUGACUCAAAUGUUUUUAGAUUUCUUUGCCACUUAACUGCUGAUAAUGACUUUGUUAUAGCGCCACAUGUCCCUCCCCUUUGGUAUUAUUGGUGUGAGUUCAACAAUGAUGCCCACCUCUGUUAGUCCCUACAGAGUUUGCUGGAAGGUUUUUGGGUUUCUGCAGCAGAAGAAGCCCAGUGGGCAGAUUGUGCGUUAGGAGGCAAAAUCCACACAUGAGUCGGCUUUUAGCAAACUAAACAGGCAUCCUCAUCAGAUCACAACGCCCUUAACAAUAAGUAGGAUCUGAUCUGAGUGUUGCUUGAUCGUGCUGUGUCAAAACUGAUGUAAAAGAGUUGUUAGAGGUGAGAAUUAAAUCAGUUAUUUUUGACCGCUAGGUUUCCUAAACCAAGGUUGUUUUAUAGGGACUGUGGUCACACUAGAAAAAUUCACUCGCUGCAACUCCAUCUUAAAUCUGGAUGCCAUAAAAUCCCUUAAUUUGGUUUCCUGUCCCAAAGUGAAUCAAAGUUUCUCUAUCUCUAUUUGGUGUGGAGUAAUCCAUUGCUGGUUUAACCCGCCUGGGUGUUUUUAGAUUUUGAACAGAUUUCUGACUCCUUAAAAACGGAAACAUGAUUGAGGAGAACCUGGGUGGGGAAUAAUGUCAGCCAAAGUCAAAACCUGCCACUCUUCCCAAGUAAGAAGGAUCCAGCUGUGCCAAGGUCCUGGAGCAGAUCUUCCUUAUUUGUGCCUGUGUUAAUGUGUUGGCAUCGGUGGCAUAUCAUAGCAAUAAUCAAAGGAAAGAAAUGAGCAAAGACAAAAAUUAUUUUUUUAAAUUUCUACCAAAGUCCAUAAACUUAACUCGGAUUUCUUUGGGCAAAACCUUUUGCGUAAGGGUAAACAUAAAAACAAAAACAUCAUUUGAAAACUAUUAAAAUCCAAGGCUUUAGAAAGCUCUCAAAGUCCCAUCCAAGUGGAUAUAAGGUUCUGGGCAGGCUUGUAAUUGUGUGCUGCUGUUGUGUCUCUAUGAAGUGUUGUGUGAUACUGCCUUAGGAAGCUAAGAUCAUCACAUCACAGCCCUGCUCAUCCAGAGAGAGGUGGAGGGGGGAGGGAGGACGCAUGAGUUGUCCUCAACGUUAGUGCUUUUUGUUUUAGUUCAUGAGAUCGUCUACACCUGGCAACGCUGAAGCCCUGAGAGGCGAGGGAAGUCAUCUGUCUGUGGUUUCAUGCUCAUUGGUGCGAUCAAAAAGCUUUAUGUUAGGCUUUUGGCCAGGCCACUCUAAUGUUAAAUAAUAUUUUAACCAGAAGAGGGCAGUGUGUAAAAACGUAUAGCCCGUUCUCUAAAUGUAAGAAGACCACCACAGAGAAUGGAAAAUAGAUUCAAUAUUUUAUUGUUUCAGCAAACAGUCUCUGUCUGAAAACUGCCCUUUAUUAAAUCUUAAAGAUAAAUUUGGAUUUUGGAGAUAUCAUAAGUGCUCAACUUUUAUUUUGGUGGCUAGUAUAUACAGUAUAAUCCAGUCAGGUACACACAGGAUAUCUAGUAGAUCCUUGGAGAAUACAUAACUGCAGGGUACUUUAGCUUUCAUAUUCCCUUAAUACCUGUUAUGAAGUGUUACCCAUAAACAUGUUUGUUUCAAACAUAAUGGAAACAUCCAGUUAGUCUGGAAUGCUCGAGUCCAAUACUUGGUUGAACUCUGGGUGAGUAAAAAAAUCUUCAUAUUUAUGAUUGUUGUAAUAAUUAUUGACAAAGUUUGCAUUCAUAAAGUAAAAUUGAAUGAGUCCAACUUUUAUAAUAUGCAAGAACAGGAUGUGAUAGGGCGGUAAGUCAAAAUUUAUCACACGGCUCGCUGCCUGUUGGUACCCUCCAACUACAAUACGUAAUUUCCAAAUAUGGAGCCACUAGGUACACUUUAGGUAACCUCUGGCUAAAUUCUAAGCACGGGCAAACAAGUCACCUCAUAAAACAGCCCAGUCCCCACAGGUACCCUGCAAGUAGCUCCAUACCUGUCCAGUAUUUACCCAGUAGGUAUCCUGGAAGAACUUUUGUAGGACCUUCAUAAGUACUCUGUGUACCCUGUAGAUGCUGGUGCCAUGUAGGUACGCUGUAAGUGCUGUAGCUGCACUUAAAGUAACUGUGAUGUCCUGUAGGUAGAUUCAUAGAUGACAUGCAGGUAAGCCUGUAGGUACCUUCUGCUGGCCUGUUUAUUGCAAUCCUUUUAAAAGGCAACGCCUCUUCUUAAGUCAUAAACACCAGAAGGGAAACUUUAAAAAUUGAAUGCCUGGAUCACAUUUUCUUCCUUUAAUUUUCUUUGAAUGAAAAAGUCAAAUCUUUUGACUUCAUAAAAGCCCUUUUGAUCGAUAGUUUUCCCUCCUUUUAUUGUUGCAUCAAGAACCUGUUUAGUGUAUAAAUUUGAAAAAGAUUACACUCUUUAAAUUCUUUAACAAUAUCUUGAGUUAAUAUCCUUUAAAUUAACAACUAAACAGGUUGGAAAGGAUAGAUUAGCUAUUUUAAAGGGGCCUAGUCACAUAUUUUAACCAUAAAACGAAAGAAAGCAUAUAUUAAUCUUCAAAUAAAACUAUUCACACCAAGCGUUCCUCCCGAUACCAACUGAUUCACAUUACAAACCAGAUCUACUGGUAUUACCUUUCACAGGUAAGAAUGAACAUAUGCUUAUGAUUGUAUUUAUUCAUGAUAAUGUCAUAUUGCUUCUCCUUGAUUAUGCCUUGCUCACAUGCGCAAUAUUGUACUUCUGGUCACGUGGUCUUGUUAUGGUAAAUUUCCACAAAAGUGCUUUGUUUACUAACAAAUUGUGCAAAAAACAAAGCGUAAAACACAGAAAUCAAAUAUAAUACGCCAACAGGGUGAGAUCAUUUAUUCAGAAAACCUUUGUAUCCAACCAGAGAGGGCUACUGGCGUGGAAAUGUAUAACAUCAUGGUAUGUGGCUCGACCCCUUUAAAUGAAGAAAUGCAGGAAAAAGGAGAACAAUUUCUGAUAAAUCACCAAAAUGCAAAUAAUUCUUGUUACUUUUUUUGUAAAGUGACUUAUUGAUUUUCUUUAUUUCUCACAUCUAAUCAGAUAAGACUGUCUGACUAACAUUAAAUGCUCAUUUCUAUGUCUGGGUGUUAUGCGCCGCUGCAGCACUGAUUGUCAGAUCAGUUACAGACUGCUGGGUGUUUUGGCUCGGUUCUGUGAGGAAUCUACUGUGUUCUCAGAUUAGAAGCUGUCAAGCUGUUGGGUCUGUGUCUGGGAGCGUGUUCAUACAUGUUUAUAUUAAAGUCUUUUAUGGUGACAGGGUUCAGUGUGUGUGGAGUGGGAGCUUCAGUCAAUGUUUUUCUUACGGAUCCUAUCUCCUACCUUUCCCUCCUCCUCGUCUCCACCCUGUCUACAUUUCUAUUUACUGUAUAUCCUAAUUUGGUUUGAAACCGCUUCUGUUUGCUUUAUUCUACCUCCAGUUGAAUCAGCUGUUGUAGAUGAACACUUUCUGUUCUUCAGUAACUCUGAUGUUUUUGAACAGAUGUUUGACAAACGAGGUGCUCUUUUUGAAAUGUCUCAUCUCUGGAAAUCUGACCUUAUUGACCUAAAGAGCCGUCCUCCCUCCCAACCUGUAGCACAACCUUAAGAAAUGUGGUUUUAAGAGCCCAAAUAAUGCUGAAAUAGUCACAGUAUGAGGUGCAACCUGUUUUUCUGCAGCGAUGCUUAUCUCUUGUGGCCAAAACGAAGUAAAAACUGCCCAGAAGCUGUUCCAAUGGGUCUUUUGGAGUAGCUAGAACACAACACCAGGGUUCCUACACCAUUAUGAAGUAGAAGGUAUGAAAUUUGCCUCCAAAAUGUCCAGAUAAGUAUGGAAAAGCUUCUUAUCUAUUGAAACCUUGAAACCAAAACUGUAUAAUGAUAUAGAUUUGCUUCUAUUGGAAUCAGGUAAGCAACACUUAUCCCCACUGCCAGUAAAGUAACGUUAGAAUAGUGUUGUUUAUGACAUCCUCCCCGGGUACACCGGCGUCCUCACACAGUCCAAAAACAUGACUGUUAUGUUGAUCGGUCUCUCUAAUCUAAUAUAGGUGUGAGUGUACAUGGUUGUCUGUCCUGUGUGUCUGUGUUGCCCUGAGGUGGAAUGGCUCUAAUGAAACUCACCCCCACACUGCAAGGAUAAGAACGUCCAAGUGCGUUUGUCCAGAAUGCCAUUCCUUUGGUACUCUGCUCUUUGUAAGAGUAAUGCUGGUAGCAUGGCCUGAUAUUAGCUGGUUGAACAGUCGGGCUCUGCCGCUUGACAGAUAAUCUGUGUGUAGCUUAUUAUUAGUUUUAAAUACUGAAUCUAGAGAUAAACAAAUUCAACUUUUCCGGUCAGAUACAGAUUAUCGGUGUUCUUUCUGGUCUAAGUUGUCCGAGAAAUAGUUUUCUAAGGAUAACACAUAAAAUAAAAGUCAUCUACAUGUCCUGUGAUUAAAAAUAGCUGUUUUCAAUCCAAUAAAAAAGGAGGUAUUGCAAGAAUAGCCCCAUUUUUGUCACUAUCCUUUGACUGGUAAAUGUUUUUCCAUACAUGUAAAAAAGGACCUCAGAGCUAAUUCAGAUGGUUGGAAAGAUGAAUUUAUGUGUGAGUUAGAAAGUGUGUUGGAACCCUGGUGCACACUUUAAAGGCCAUGAGGCGCUCACCUUAUACAAUGCUGCUUCUCUCUGCUAUGAUGGGGAAAUAUCUUUGCUUAAAUACAAUUUCUAAAUUACAUAGACCUAAAUAUAGAUGUUUUUUUUACCUUAACACUUGGUUUAAACAACUAAACUCAAUCUGGAUUUCAAAUCUUAUCGAUAUCUGCAUUUAUGUCAGCUUUAGGAGCUUAUGCUGUGUAGAUCACACAGGGCUGUACUGCUCUUUAAUGCUACAAGCGCAUUUUUUUAACUUAUAGGAUUCUAACAGGGAGAAGCAGUGUUAGGAGUCUGCAUUAAUUUAUUUUAUCCAGAGGUGGAUCGUUUACACCGGUUUGGAAAGUGAUACUCAUGGUCCCAUUCACCUGUGUUCAUCCCUCUGCCUCAUCCCCCUCCCUCUCUGGGCCUAUCCAACCCCCCCGGUGUGUGGCUUUGAGAAAAAAGAAAAAGAAAAAAAGCUCCCACAUCAAGGUACAAUAGCUCAGAGA